CUUCAAAUUGUCAGCCCGAAACGUUCCAAACCCUGGAAUAACUUCUUCACCGUCUCACAACUCUCUACAAAGUACUCGUCAACCCCAGAAGAGAAUAUACUUUGGGCGCGUUGCUUUGCCUAACCUCCGGUGUUCUCUCUCUUUUUCUUUCUUCUGUCGCCCAACUUAGCAGGCGUGUUGAUUUGCUUCAUAUUCCUCUAGGUCCUUACGUUCAUCUUCAACCGACAUCCCACAAAAAGUUGUUUUUGUCUUGAUCGGGUUGUCUGAUAUACUUGGGAUCUUAGAGACUGAGACGCAUAUGCAUUUGGAUACGAUACGGUAGCCGUGUCGCUGUAGUCCAUCGUAUUUUCUUUCAAAAUUGCGCACCAGUAUCGCAAAGCCAAUCCAUCCUUUUAUUCUAUUCUAUUCUAUUCUAUGGUAAGGUUAGCAUUACAGCCGUGAUGACGAGGGAGAGGAAAAAAGCUCCGGCGACGGCCCGCGGUGUACGGGCCCUAAACCGCCGUGUAAGGAUUGAGAAAACACAAAGGCAACAUGAUAACGCGUGGCGAGCGUUAAAUCCAUUAAAGGAACCGCCUAGGAUGAAGCAUAAGACAACCUUCGAAUUGGUCGAGAAUACCGACAAAAAGAAGAAGCUCGAGUUCAAGAUCACGAUCGAUCGACACCCACCUCCUGGCUUUGAAUUUGUUCCUGUUGGAUAUCCACAGUUGACGCAAAUGUGCAAAGAGUUUUCGAGAGAACAAGACGCCAUGAUAUUUAUUGUUUCAGACUCCAAGAACCCGGACAAUCUCGAUCACCAUGUAAACCGUGUCGGGUAUCAUUUUAGACAGAUGAUUGUUGACCAAGCUCGUUCGAAACUAGCAGCUACUGGACAAGCUGUCCAUAUCCCCCCAACCCGUAAACCUGGCGAACCUGAACCGAUACCAAAGAGCCAGGCAGAAAUUGAUGCUCAAGCAGAUGCGGUUCUAAGGGAUCUUUUCCCAAGAAUACCUAAUACCGAUCGACGCGAAAUUAUUCAGCAUGCGUUUCAAAAAGAUGGAAAAUUCCAUGGCGAGUCAAAAGUUGGCAUGGUUAAAGAGCUAACCCUAGCACGUCGGGUUCAACUUGCGGCGAUCGCUCACAUCAGGCACAAUCAUACGCGCUAUGAUGAGUUAUUAAAGGAAACUAACUGGCACAACGCCCGAAAAGCUGUAGAAAAGCCGUGUCUAGACGUCAUCGUCAAGUGGCGAGGCGACGAAGAGACCGGUCGUGACCAGCUUGAUGAGAUACUUCGUGAGGUCAUCGAAAUAUCUGACACCGAGGAUGAAUCCGAAGAUGAAUCUCCCAAUUCGGAGUCCAUACCACCCCGACGCGUUGUUAUGAUGCCCGCUAAUGCAUCGGCGGGGCCUAUGGCAGAGCUACAAGGUAAAGAAGCUGUUGACCCUGAGCGGCAAACCCAUUGUUCCACUCGCAGUCGCAGUCGCGGUCGUGAUCUAUCUAUUCCGAAUGUCCUUGGGCCGUCCAAGCAGAGAGCAAUAGCAAAGGCCGAGAAAAGAAGCGAUCGGAAGACGCAGCGUUUUAGGAGAUAUGCCGCCGCCGCCGAAGCUCUUGCAGGUUCGGCUGACCAGAGAGUCUAUGCUGAUGUCCCGCAUGUCGCUCCUUUUAGUGCUGUUCCAAUCGAUCUUACUAGAAGUCCGGGUUCUGCCCACUAUAUUGGCUCGAGUUGCGAGCCAAUAGGGGCGGCCCAUGGUACUCGUCGUAUUGAACACGUGCCGCGUCAUUCUGAAUUACGACCAGAUCGGCCGCAUUUCAGAGAUGGCCCCCUGAGGGAGAUGAUUACCAUCACUCAUGGUCUUCCUGAAACCGGUGAAUACGCGUCUCCUCAGCUAAUGCACACUCCAGACAGCCACAGACCCAAAGUUGGGCAUGCAACAGCAAGUUAUAGUCAUCUACCCGUUCCAGUUUCGCCAGUAAGAAACGGAUUGCAAGAUAUGGUAUUGCAAUCUAUCGAGCCUGCGUCUCCUGUUGUCCACAGAGAGCCUCAGCGCUUCGCUGAGGACCCUCGCGUCGUUUCCGGGCCCUUCCACAACCGUACAGGUUUUGUUUCACGUCCCGAAUCUCCUAGAGUCGUGAGUCAUGGUAAUGUGUUGGUAACAAGACGCCUUCAUAGUGCAGACUAUUCCUCUGGAACUCUUCAUGCGUACCCUAAUUCGUUUGCCCCAGCAAACCACCAUGUUCGAGGUGAGGACCCACGGCGCGUGCCAUCUGAGUACUAUCCAGACCAGCCGCCACCGUCAUUUAGGGCCUCAGGCCAACCUUCCCAGAAUCAACCUUGGCCGGUUCCUAGUGAAGGGACGGUGUACUAUAAUAGUGAUAAUUCUCUAAGGACCAGAACAAAUCCGAUUAUCAUUGAUGACGAUGAUCAUAUGCUUCGCAGACCUCGUCAAGUGGUUGGAGUGCAACGGCAUCCUGAUAGAGGUCACCCUGUUAGCACGUCAGGACAUGAGGAUUUCCACGGCGUUGUCCCUCGGGAAGAAGUGUACUUCCGAGAUGAGCCCCGAGUUGUAUUAACUGAUCUGCCGCCCACUCGACCUGGGAGCUUCUUUGAUUACCGCCGGCCUGUCAGCGAUUACAAUUCCGAAUUGCCCUCGUGUCACAAACCCAACAUGUCUGGGGCGGCAGCGCCUGAUUUACGCCAUCAUAUAGACGAUGCCGCCCCUGGUCCUGAACACAGACAUUACAAAGAGCGUAGCCAGCACUUGUAUGAACCGAGAGAGUGGUCUACACACGUCCCUCGGGAGGCUCGAGCUGCUGUUCCUGUCGGGCUGGCUCGCCCCGGAAUACAGCAUGGCGACGAUGAUCGUCAUUUUCAAGAAUAUUCGAAUAUUGCACCAAUUCCACACUCGCAGGACCGAUGGGAAAGGCAUGACCAUAGAUCAUAUGAGACAGCAGCGCUUCCGCCGCAGCGGAUACAGUAUCAGCAUGACUACCCCCCUCAGUUUGUAGCUACUCCUAGCCACGGUCCCUAUAUCGGAAGUCGCGGGUCACCGCAGUUUAUUCCCGAGCAACGGAUAAUCUGGGUGGAUCGUUGAUCUUCAGCGGCGUGCUGACUCGAGAUCGACAAGUUGAUGAAUUUGGCAACAUUUCUCUGAGUUCAUUAUCAGGGCCAACGAGUGGAUGGACAUGGAAUGAUACGGAGUUACGCUGUCGGUCGGUAUGGUUUCAACAGGACGGUAGCAUUUGAGAUACCCCCAUGUGGCAUUUUGCCAUUUUUUUCAAGUAUGAUUGCAUGGCAAGGCGUGGUCGGUACUGGUAUUACAGCAUUGAGUCAUAAAAGCGGCAAUAUGUUAGCCUUGCGGGCUAAGGAGUUUUAUGAAUGUAUAAUUGGCUUUUAGCUAUAUGGACUUGUAAACUUGGUUCGUUAUCAAGAACCUUUAUUACAAGUAUUAUAUGUAUACUUACGAAAAA